AUGGAGACUCCGACAAGUAAAGAGGUAAAACUAGACUCCAAAACCGCCGCCUCGGGGGACGCAGAGAUUGGCCAUGAGCCUCUGGCCGAUCUCGAGGUCGAUCUCGCCACGGUGUUGGAGGACGACAAUGUCGAAUACUCAUACGAAUCGCACCGCUCUCCAUUUGCAGAGGUGAGAGCUGUCGUCCCCGAAGUCGACGACCCCUCUAUGCCCGUCAACACAUUACGAAUGUGGCUCCUAGGAAUAAUCUUCACUAUCAUCGGAUCUGGCAUAAAUCAAUUCUUCUCACUACGCUACCCAUCCGUCCAUAUCGUAGCCCUGGUCGCUGAACUGCUUGCUUUCCCCUGCGGCGUCUUCCUCGCCAAAGUCCUACCAGACUGGACUCUCAACUUCGGCCCCUUGGGGAAAUGGAGUAUCAACCCAGACGACAAAUUCAAUGUCAAGGAACAUACCGUGAUAGUCAUUAUGAGCAAUGUUUCGUUUGGAUAUUUCACCGCGGAUGCGACGAAUAUUAUCCAAGCGGCGUCGAAGAAUUUCUAUAAUUUUGGACUCAAGACUGGAUUUCAGGUCUUGAUUGUGCUGUGUGCACAAUUAUUGGGGUUCGGUGUUGCAGGCCUCUCGGCGCCGUGGAUUAUUGAGCCGGCGAGUAUUAUAUGGCCUGGAACGUUGUCUAACUGUGCUCUUCUUGAGAGUUUGCAUUCAAGGGCAAAUGUGGCUGUUGGAAAGUGGAAGGUUUCUCGUCUUCGGUUUUUUCUCUACGUGAUGGUUGGAGCGUUCGUUUGGUACUGGUUCCCCGGCCUCAUCUUCACAGCCCUAAGCUACUUCACAUGGGUCUGCUGGAUCGCCCCCAACAAUAAAAUCGUCAACCACCUCUUUGGCAUGCAGACAGGUCUGGGUCUAAGCCCAAUUACAUUCGACUGGAGUCAAAUCGCCUACAACACCAACCCGCUCCUCUCCCCCUCGUGGGCAGCAAUGAACGUCUUUGCUGGAUUCGCAAUCUGCUUUUGGAUCAUUGCGCCCAUUCUGUAUUAUACGAAUACAUGGUUUACGGCUUAUCUGCCGUUGAUGACCGCUGAUGUCUAUGAUCGGUACGGGAAUGAGUAUAAUACGACUCGUGUUGUUGGGGCGGAUUAUACCCUUGAUGUGGGGGCGUAUAGGGAGUAUUCACCACCAUAUUUGCCGGUGACCUAUGCCUUUGUCUACGGUCUUUCGUUUGCAUCUAUCACGGCUGUGCUUACACAUACCUACCUGUGGCAUUGGGACGAACUGGUUGCGGCUUUCCGGGGAACUACAAGACUAGAUAUCCAUGCAAGACUCAUGAAAGCCUACAGAAAGGUACCCUGGUACUGGUAUGCGAGUAUAAUUGUCGUCAUCAUGGCCAUGGCAAUCGCCAUGGUAGAAGUAUACCAUACCCAACUACCGGUCUAUGGCGUUUUUCUCGCAUUCAUAAUACCUGCAUUAUACAUGAUACCCUGCGGCUUGAUUCAGGGCAUCACAAACGUUGACGCUAACCAACUCAACGUCCUCAGCGAAUUUAUCGGCGGUUACAUGUUUUCCGGCAAACCGCUAGCAAACAUGUGUUUCAAGAUCUUAUCAACUGACGUCGUAGGUCAGGGCGUCUAUUUUGCAAUGGAUAUGAAACUGGGCCAUUACAUGAAAGUGCCUCCUCGAACACUCUUCUUUGCGCAGGGCUUCGCCACAAUCCUUGGUGCCCUGACCCAGACUGGAGUCACGCUCUGGAUGUUGGGUAAUAUCGAUAAUAUCUGCAGUCUCGAUCAAGCGGAUGACUUCAGCUGCCCCAACGGCCGAACCGUGUAUAGCAGCAGCGUGAUCUGGGGACUGGUAGGACCAAGUCGAUUAUACUCUGCAGGCAAGAUCUAUUCCUCCUUGAACCACUUUUUCUGGAUUGGCGCCAUCACACCGGUUAUCACCUGGGCGUUGUGGAAGUAUACCAAGAAGAAUUAUUGGAAAAAGGUGAACUGGCCAUUGUUUUGGGUUGGAACUUAUAACGUACCACCUGCAACCGGAAUAAAUUACUCCAGCUGGGCCAUUGUUAACUUCAUCUUCAACCACUGGAUCAAGAACAAAUUCUUCACCUGGUGGACCAAAUACAACUAUGUCCUAGCAGCCGCUCUCGAUACGGGCAUUGCCAUCAGCGGCAUCAUCAUAUUCUUCUGUGUCUCAUACCCUGGAGCUGUCUUUCCGGAUUGGUGGGGGAAUAAUGUGUAUGUAAAUACAGCUGAUGGACAGGGUGUGGCUUGGUUGGAUAUUCCAGAGCAAGGGUAUUUCGGGCCAGCGAAUGGAACGUGGUCGUAA